AUGUCCCGCAGAGGCAACAUCCUCCUAGCGGCAGCGGUGGCGGCGCUGAUGGUGGCCUCGGCGGCGGCGCAGUCCGGGUGCACAACGGUGCUCAUCGGCCUGUACCCGUGCCUGAACUACAUCAGCGGCAACGAGACGGCGCCGACCAAAUCCUGCUGCUCGCAGCUCAGCUCCGUCGUGCAGUCCCAGCCGCAGUGCCUCUGCAGCGCGCUCGGCGGCGACUCAGUCGGCGGCAUGACCAUUAAUAAGACUCGGGCGCUGGAGCUCCCGAAGGCGUGCAAUGUGCAGACUCCUCCGGUGAGCAAGUGUAACGACGGUGGUGGUGCCAGUGCUCCCGGCGCCGCCGUCGCGCCGACCACGCCGGAUGUACAGACACCUGUGCCUGCCGGAUCAGGGUCGAAGGCCACGCCGUCGGGGUCGCUGCAGGGGAGCGGCGUCUCGUCUCUCAAUGGCCUGGCGGGCCUGGUGUUCGCGUUCGUGGCUGCUGCGUUCUACACCAUGUCCACCGUAUGAGCGUCUCGGUCAGUGCUGGACUGAAGCGCUAGCUGGCUGGUGAUUCAGAAAUUUCUUUGUGGUAUUAUUUGCGUUUCCUAUUGGUUU